AGCGUCUUUUAUUUUUGGGAUCCGCCUUGGGACAACCGCUUGCCACGGCCGCCAUGGAGGUCACCACGCUCCACGGUUUGUUGGAAGCCAGCGCUGCCAGGUGCCCAAAGAAGCUGUGCUUGGUCUACGAAGAUCAUCCCGGGCUCAGCUAUGAGGAGGUCUGGCGAGCUGUGACCCAAUGCGCGCGACACUUGGUCAACCUGGAGGACCAGGUGCUUGCUUUGGUGGCUGACCGCUCGUUGGGCCUGGUCAUCAGCUUGUUGGGUGUGCUACGCGCCGGGAAGGCCUACACCCCCAUCGAGCCUGAUUUCCCUGUGGCCCGCGCCAGUGCCAUGCUGGAAACUGCGGACAUCAGGCAUGUGCUGGUGCCCAAGGAGCAGUUUCCACAGCCACUGCUCCACGAUCUCUCUGUCAAGCCUUUGUUGGUCGACCUUGGCGGCGCGGUGUGCCUCGCCAGCGGCGAGCCGUUGGACGCGGACCGCGGCCGCCUGCCAGAGGUCCCGGACCACAGCACGGCAUAUGUGUUGUUCACCUCUGGCUCCACUGGAAAGCCUAAAGGCUGCAUGGUGCCACACCGGGGCAGCGCCUUGUAUGCUCGUGCCGUGGUGGAGCACUGCGCACUGGAUGAAGAGAUGACGUUCUUGCUGAAGACGCCGUGUGUUUUUGACGUCUCCGUGCAGGACCUGUUCACUGCAUUUUGCGCUGGUGGCACGUUGGUCAUCGCGAAGCCAGGCGCCCACAAGGAUGCUGGAGCAAUGGCAGAGCUCAUCAGCACCAAGGCGGUGAACUGCGCUUGCUUCGUGCCCACGCUGCUGGUGGAGUUCACGAACUACUUGGAACGCAGCCCGCAAGAGGCUCUUGAGGUUGCAAAGUGCUUGAAGCGUGUGCUGACCAUUGGGGAAGCUUUGAUGACGGCGACCUGCAAGCAAAUGUUCAGCUUCAUCCCAGAUUUGCAGAUCCACAACCUUUACGGCCCCACGGAGGCUUCAGUGGGCGUCAGCCACUUUGCAGUUACGAAAGCCACAGCGGAGCGCCUACCGACAGUGGUGCCCAUUGGUCGGCCAUUUGACUACGUCACCUUUUGCGUGUGCGACCCCAGCCGCUACCGCGAUGAGAAGAUCACCGAGGCCAAGCUGAUCCCAGCGCCUGCGGGGCAAAUCGGCGAGCUCUUCAUCGGAGGGGAUUGCUUGGCCACGGGCUACAUGAAGAAUAUGGAGAAGACUGAGGCUGCCUUCUUCCACUUCCCAGCCAUUUGCGGCCGCCCGCCCUUGGCGGCUUCGCCCUACAGCCUCUACAAGACAGGUGACUUGUGCAAGGUGGAUGCUGAUGGCAUCUUUCACUACAUGGGCCGCAACGAUUUUCAGGUCAAGAUCUCUGGAGUUCGCAUCGAGUGCGAAGAGGUCGCGGCAGUACUGAAGGAACAUCCGGUCGUCGCGGACGCCUUGGUCACCGCUUUCGAAGGUCCAUACGGAAAGGCUUUGGCUGCCUAUGUGGUGACUCCCCCGGCCAUCGACUGGUCCUCCUCCAAAGACCCUGCCUCCAACGAUGAGAUUUUGAACGUGAACAGUUGGGGGGCAGUCUAUGAUGAGAUGUACAAGGAGACCGAGAACAGUGUCUCAAGCCUGGACCCCACCUUGAAUUGGAGCGGCUACACGGAUACCUAUUCUCGGAGGCCUCACAUCGAGCCCGUGAUCAAGGAGUGGGUAGAAUGGAGCUGCCAACAGGUGUCAUCUCAGGCACCGCUCUUGAAAGAAAGCCAGGCAGCCGGUCGGACCUGUACCAUCACUGAGUUGGGCUGCGGCAAUGGCAUGCUCCUUUUCCGGCUUGCGCCAUUGCUCGGAAGCACAGGGCGCUAUGUGGGCACCGAUAUCUCCACACGUGCGUUGGAGACGGUGAAUGAGCUGAAGAGGACCUUGCCACAGUACCAGGACUUGCGCGUUGACACGCAAGCGUUGGCAGCCCAUGAGAUUUUGGAAGUUUGCAAGCCCAAGGAGAACGAUUUGGUGCUUUGCAAUGGCGUGACGAUGUACUUCCCCAGCGCCAACUACCUCCUGAAGACCAUGCAGCUUUCGGCUGAGGCCACCCGUGACGGUGGAGUGGUGAUCUUCGGAGACAUCCAAAGCAGGCGCCACGUGCUGCCCUUCCGGUGUCACGUGGAGACCUACCAGGCUUUGCGGCGUCAGGAUGCGACCGCCUUGGCGGUGCUCCAUGCAGCCAAGCAGUCGGUCGCGCAGGAGGAGCUCUCGUACUUCGACGACUCUCUCUUUCAUCAGCUGGAUCGUAGUGGGCGGAAGCUCUUCGGAAACCGGCUAGCCAAGGUGGAGCUGCGCGUGAAGCGCGGCUGGUGGCACUCAGAGUUCAACCGCUUCAGGUACGAUGUGUGGCUGGUCUUGGAUGAUGGCCAGCAGGCGGCGAAGCCGAGUCCGAAACUGCAGCAGGUGGACUACAAGGCCCUUUGUAAAGAACUUCAGCUCCAAGAGCGUGGCGAUGGUGCUACCGAUUUGGUGGAUGCACGCCUGGUCGAGAAGCUCGAGGGCUGGGUGUGCGGCCGGUUGUCUGGAGCCAGCCCUGAGGUGGAUGGCCUGGUGGUGACCUUGCCCAACGCCCGCACCUACCCGGCCACGCGGCUCCUGGAGUGGCUCGAGACGGCGGCGCAGAGCAACUUGGAGCUCCGCAGCUUGCCCAGCCUUUUGCACCCGGCCGAUGCCAGCUGGGGAAGUGUGGAGGAGAGUGCCAAGUAUGGUGUGGAGCCCGAGAUGCUGUUCAACAUGAAGCUUCCAGAUGGUUGGGUGCAACGCGUCAUUUGGGACGAGGACCCUGGCUUCAUUCGAUUCGUGCUCCUGCGUGAGCACAUGGCAUCAUCUCCAUGGCUGAGUGCAGCCACUGACGCGGAAGAAGAAGAACUUCCCGAGGACUUGUCCUGCUUCAAGAACCAGCCCGAGGAUGUGGACGUGGUGAGCUUCGAUCCGAUCAAGGCCUGCAACGACGUGAUGAAAGCUUGGGCAGCUGGCACCUCCUUGCUCCCUGCCAUGAGGCCAGCCGUGUACAUCCCCUUGGAGUCCUUCCCCAAGAACGCGGCGGGCAAGAUCGACCGUGCCGCCCUGCCGGAUGCCUGCGACGCGCUGAGCGCCACACUGACCACAGCGGAGGCGGAGUAUGAGCCACCCAGCACGGAGGACGAGAAGAAGAUGGUAGAGAUUUGGGAGAAGGUCCUGAAAGUGCAGGUGGGAGUGCAAACCCCUUUCGUGGCCUAUGGUGGUCACUCCUUGACCGCAGUGCAGCUUUGCUCCUCGGUCUUUGCCGCUUUCCACCGCAGGCCAGACUUGGUCUUCCUCAUGUCGGAGGACUGCACCGUCCGUGCACUUUUGGCCAAGCUGGAGGCAGAGUCGACCACGGCGGCACACGACGGCUGCGUGGUGCGCCUCAGUGGCCCCGAGCAACGAGGGCUGCCAAUGCUCAUCUUCACCGCAGCAGGGACUUCAGCUGCCACAUACUCCCAGGUGGCCGAGCGUGCGAGCCGUUUGCAACUCUAUGCCGUGGAGCUGCCGGGCCGGGGCCAACGGGCAGAGGAGGCGCCCAUUCCGCACUUUGAAAAGCUCUUCGAGAAUCUCAAGGCCGACGUCAUGCGCUGGGCCAGGAAGCAGAAGCGCUUCUUCGCCUGGGGCGACUCCUUGGGCGCCAUCUUGGCAUAUGAGUUCGCACGGCUUUGGCAGCGGGAUCCCGAGGCCAAGCUGCUGGGGCUCUUUUGCAGCGGCAACGCAGGGCCUCCAGAAGCCUCCUGUGAGCGAGGGAUGGGCGAAGCGGUGAUGGACCAUCUGAACCUGCAGGCGGAGUGCUGCGCAGAUAUGAGCACGGAGGAUUGGAAGAAGUUCCUUGUGGCGUCGGCAGGCAGCUCAGGCCCAGAACUCCAGGAACUGCUCGCUCGACCCGAACUGGUGGAUAGCAUCAUCGGCCCCUUGCGCGCCGAUUGCAUGGCCUAUGAAUCCUAUCGCUUGGACCGCGUGGACCUCAUCCACUCGCCGAUCAUCACCCUACGAGGUGGACAUGACGUGGUGACCUCCAAGGAGACCAUCCGCUCCUGGCAGCAGGUCAGCGGCAGCCGCUACGAGCACAAAGACUUCGGCCACUUCGGGCACCUCCUGGCGAGGGAGUGCCCCAACUUGCUGGCGGAACUCUUCGAAGAGUAUUCUCUCCCAGACUUCACCCAUGAGCUCAGGCACUUCGAGACCUUCCGGGCCGCCUACCGCCUCAUGCGCAGUGGAUCGACCACAAAGCGGGCGCCCAGUGCUCGACGGAUCCGCGGGGCAUCGCAGAAGGAGAUCCGGAAGAGCAUGCGCGUUUGCAGCCCCACUCUCGGGGCGGCUCAUGUGCCCAAGGACUUCGACUUGGGCUGCAUGGAGGUGGACCUGGUGGGUUUGGAUGCCAUCAUGCCACCCACCAAGGAGGUGAAGCUGAUGCGCGUGGGCAACCUGACCUGGCGGAAAGGCGCAUCUACAGGCAAUGCAACUCGCUUGCCCUGAGCAUUUUCAAUUGCUCCCAGUUAGGCGCCCGGCCAUUGUAUAGCGGGCGCUGCACAUGGGGUGCAGAGUUUUGCAGUUUGAUCGACUCGAACCGGUGUUGGCUCAUCUCAAACUGAGGCCGAGGACACGCAGGUGUUAACAGCUCAGGAUCAC